CAACACUCUGGACCAAGCAGCAACAAGAGACGGCCAAAUUUUCCAGAGAAGUGAUUAAAAAUGUUGUCUUCACAGCUGAGCUUGGCAAUGCUGUUCUGCUUCAUGGGGUGUGCUAAUUCAAUCACGGUCCAGACGCCCCAGAAAGCUGUGAAUGUGACCAGCGGGGGGAGCGUGUUUCUGGGGUGCACCUUUUCCACAUCGCAGCCCACCACCAACCUGAACAUCCAGUGGUCUUACAAUCCCAAAUCCAGCAUGGUGCCACAGCAGAUUUACUACUACAUUUCAGGAAAGGCUGUUAUCCAAGCGGAUUUUGCGGGUAGAAUAACGGAACCCGCGUUCCCAAACAUCACGAAAAACGCUUCCAUAGUCAUCAGCGGCAUGAAGCCCUCGGACUCCGGGGUCUACAGCUGUGUGGUGCACAACUUCCCCGAUGCCGAGGGACAAACGGAGGGAAACAUCAACGUCAACGUUCUCGAGAAGCCAUCCAACCCCUUCUGCGCUGUUCACGGCACGGUGGAGUCGGGUCACCUGGUCACCCUCACCUGUCACACGGAGCGGGGAAACCCCACCCCCACCUACACCUGGACCAAGCUCAACCAGGGCAAGGCUCGGAGCGUGCUGGGGAGGACAGAUUUUCACACGGGAGUCUUGUACAUCGGAAACCUGUCUCAGUUUGAGUUUGGCGAGUAUCAGUGCAACGCGUCUAACGUUGUGGGAUUUUCCACCUGCUCCAUUAAGCUCGUGGAAGAGCUGGGGGACGGGGCGAUUGCUGGGGCUGUGAUUGGUUCCCUGCUGGGGGCCGGCCUGGUGGUGUUCCUGGUCUGGUUCAUCUCACAUAAACUGAAGAAAAGCAAAUAUAAGGCAGCGAAAGCAGCAGCAGCCACUGAGAUGCAAGCCAGGCCAGCCAGCGGCGACUCACUGAAGUACGCGAGCCUCCCCACCAGAGACAGCGCUGCCCAGGCCUCAACCAAAGCCGUGUCCCCCCCUCAGGACCCCCCAGCCCCAGACCAGGAAGGGGAGGAGGAGGAAGAGCAAGAGAGGGAGGGGCCGGCGCACGCGUAAAGGGUCAGGUGCUAACAGACAGGACAUGCUGUGUUCUGUCAGCACUGGAACCAACCCAAACCCAAACCCAAACCACACGCCUGUCAGCAGUGCCAACCCAAACCAAAACCCAAACCACACGCCUGUCAGCAGUGCCAACCCAAAC